GCUUGCACUUCUGCAUUACUCGUCGUAAAAACUGUUUGAUAAUUGUGAUGAUUGACUAUAUUUCUGUUUAAGGAUUUUGAGAGAAAUAUUACGCUAUUAUCACUGAUUAUUUCAUGACAUUACAAGUUUUAAAUUGCCACUGAGAUAAAAGCCACUCACAUUGUAAAUCGGUUCAGUUCACAUCGAAACAGUGAGCCUAACUUUAAGUUUACAUAAUUCACUAAAAUGGAAACAAGUGAUCGUGACAGUGAUGUUCAAAAAUGGUUAAAAGUUGCAUUAGCACAAGAAAAUCUUGACAAUUUUUCAGUUACGAUAACUGGAAGUUCAGAAAAAGGUGAUGGAUAUAUAGGAGACGUAAUUUUUGUUACUGUAACAGGAACUGACAAACAAGGCAAGAACAAAGAAUAUGAUCUUGUUUUAAAAUGCAGUAAACCUAGUACUGCCUUAAUGGAAAACGUACCUGCUUUCAGCACCGCAUUUGUGAGAGAAAUUUAUAUGUAUCAACAUGUUUUUCCACUUUUUAAACAACUUCAAAUCACGAAAGGUAUUGAACAACCCUUUGACAGCGUACCGAAAUGUUAUGGCGUUUAUAGUGAUGAAUCCAGACGUGUUCUUGUGCUGGAAAAUCUGAAGAAAUUAGGGUAUGACUUGUGGCCAAAAGCAGUACCAUUAACACGACAAGUUGUCGAUCUUGUCAUAAGACAAUACGCAAAAUAUCACGCGACUUCAGUGGCUUUCGAAAAUCAGUAUCCUGAAAAAUUUCAAAAAUUGCUCAGCGACUCAACCGAGGAUAUGCUAAAACAGUUGAUUGAAUCAGACGAUUUUGUAAAAUUGUUUAAAACUACUGUGGAUGAGGUAUACGAUGUGGUAAAAGAUGAUGUUAAAAGUGACACCUCGGAGCAAUGGCUAAAGCUUAAAGAUCAAGUUACUUUUAUAUGUGGUGAGAUGACACCUGAUAUCGACGAUUUAAAAGUGAUAAAUCAUGGAGACUCUUGGGUGAACAAUUUUUUAUACAAAUUUGAAAAUGAAGACAAAACGAAAAUUUCUAAAGUUGCGAUUCUUGACUGGCAACUUUCUAAAUACACAUCACCUGUAACUGACCUAUCAUACUUUUUAUUCGCUAGUUUAUCGGAAGAAGAUAUUGCUGACAUUGACACUAUUUUGAGAGAUUAUCAUAAACAGCUUUGCGAGUAUUUAAGAAAACUUGAUAGCAAUUUUGCAGGUACAUAUACCUUAGAAAAAUUGUUCGAAGACUGGAGGAAGUACGGCAUAUAUGGUUUGUUGAUAUGUAUUUAUCCAAUCAAGUCUUUAUAUUCGGGAAAGGAAGACCUUCCAGAUAUAGCUGAAGUUGCAGACAAAGGAGCAGCAUUUACUGAAUCUUUUAAAUUUGAAGCCAAAGAUAAAAGUGGCUUCAAAAACAGGAUGAGACCAAUUGUUGAAUAUGCUGUUAAGAAUAAUCUAAUUUAAUAAACUUGUUGAUAUUAUUAUUUCAAUA